AUGAACGCGCUGAUCCAGUCCGCUCUGACUGAUGUCGAAUCCAAACUCAAUGCCCUCCUGACCAGUCUCACAACCUCUCCCACUGCGGCGGGAGCUCCCGCUGCCGCGGUCGCGUUGCUCGAAGCCGACGACAAGUUGACCUCCGCCAUUGAGACCCUCCGCCAGCACCAAGAAAAUCACGCAAAGAUCCUGCGGCUUCGCGAGGAAGCGCAGCAGCUGGAGGAUCAGGUCAAAGGCAUCGUGAGAGACAUCGAAGGGUUUGACAAAGAACUUCGUACGGCCUGUGGAGACAACAGUGAUAGCGAUUCGGAUUCAGACUCCGACGAUGAGUCUGACAAGAAACGGGCUCCACGAGGAAUCCAGGAGAUUGACUACAAACUAUUGCUGGACUUUGCCCGUCGGAUCAGCAAAUACAACCACGAGGCCGCAGCGGACGCCGCAGCGGGCCUAAUCAAAAGACAGGAACCGCCUGCGACCGACAAAGAUGUGACAAUGACGGGAACAAACGGGGAGCCGACAGAGGGCGGUGCAGAGCCUGUGGCGUCUGUCACCAAAAACGCGACCCAAUGGCUGGACGACUCUGCCAACGUCACACGCGAAGUUUACAUGCUACCAUACCCGAUGGAGGAACGGAUCAGAAUGGGUCUGAUGGGACAAAUCCAGCUUGCCGCCGGAAACGAUUCUGAACAGGAAGUGGAACGAUUGUUGUGCGAAGCGGAGGGUCGUGGGGCUGCAGAGCCACCAGCGCCAGUGGAACCCCCCGAAGAAGUGAAGCAGGCGGGCGAGGCUGCGAAGGCCGCCGCCCAUGCUGGAUCGUCAGCCGGAAUACCACGGGCACCUGCUCCGGUGUCAGCCCCGAAACCCAAGCCCAAGGCGAUGUUGGACCUCGAUCUGUACGAUCCCGACGACGAUGACGACUGA